GUUGAGAUAUAAUGCAGAGCGGCUUGCCUGCUCUGCCAUUGUCCAGGAAUACCAUGUAAUGAUUCAAGAAGGCCUUGAAUAUUCCUAUGUCACAAAUGGGAUCACCCGGGUUCUACUUCGUGUUCCUCAUGACAAGCCAAGCACGCUUUAUUACUUUCUCUGUGAUCCGGAUAGCGACAUGGAUUCAGAUGGUGAUUAUAUCACUAAUCUAUCGAAAACUUCUGUUGCAAGAGUGCUCUGUCUCUGUUUAAUGGCAUUCCACUCAUCUAUCCGUGGACAAGAGUGGAGAAACCAUGUGAACCCAGAUCUCCAUAUUUGGAGGACAAGCUUUGACCACACACGCUCGCAGAUCCCCAGAAAGGAAUUACAGCAGAUUCCCCACUCUGAUAGCACAAACCCUGAUUUCCCGAGUCCAGAUUCUGGUUCGUCCUAUGGACUACCGUCAUCAUCCCCGCUGCCGUCUCCCUCGGAGGGCCGUCGAGUACCUACACGAUCUCAAACCAGCUGUGCACCUUCAACAGAGAUCCGACGGCGCUCGCAGUCACCUAACUCGUCUGGGUCUGACACAAAUCAAACGGCAGGCCAUAAGCGAAGGAUCAGUCAAGUCACGUCCUCACCGUCCACUCGACAAUCAGGUCGUCUCCAGCAAGAGUCUGGGUACGACCGAGAUGAUCAUUCCCGACGCCGCGCUGCACAAUUUUGCACACAGCGAUGCCUACUUGGCCUGCAAACCGGAAACUCCCUGGAUGAGUCUUGUCCAAAUGUGAACCAUCAUCGCAGUGGCCAGAACGACCCGAGUCGGCAUCCUUUCUCGGCUGAAGAUUUAAUUAUCUCACUUAAAAGCCAAGUGGACGAAAACAUUGAUCGUUGCAUUCCUGUUGGCGUUUGUGGCUCCUACGGUGCCCCGUUCAAACUAACUUGCACGACGUAUGGCUACACGGUUAUUGGCAAAGGCACCACUUCGGGGCUGUGGAAAGCAGUCUCCCGCGAAGCACAGGCAUAUCAGCUCCUGCGCAAGGUUCAAGGAUCUGCUGUGCCUGUCUUUUUAGGAACGAUUGACUUGGCCAAAAUAUACUUUCUACAUGGCGCCGGACAGAUCCGCCAUAUGCUGGUUAUGGGCUGGGGUGGUGAGUCCACGGCCAGGAUGGAGCUCACGCCACACCUUCGCCGAGAGAUCCAUAGGUCGAACAAAGAAGUCAAAGCCCUGGGCAUAGUCCAUGAAGACCUCAAACCAGACAAUGUCCUUUGGUGUGAAGAGCUCGGGCGUGCUUUGAUCAUCGACUUUCACCGUUCUACUCUGAGACGCCGACCGGCUAAGCAGCGGCAGAGGUCGACAAAACGACGACUAUUCGUGGCGGAAACAGGAGAUGCAAAACAUCUUCGGGUUUCGUGAUAUAGAAAAUGUGGCAAAG